CACGACAACCCAGCACAAUGCCUCCCAAGAAAGCCCCUGCCGCCGCCAAGGAGAACGUCUCUCUCGGUCCUCUGGCCGGAGAUGGCAAGCUCGUUUUCGGCGUUGCCCGCAUCUUCGCCUCCUUCAACGAUACCUUCGUCCACGUUACCGAUCUGAGUGGUCGCGAAACCAUCACCCGUGUCACCGGUGGUAUGAAGGUCAAGGCUGACCGUGACGAGUCCUCGCCCUACGCUGCCAUGUUGGCUGCCCAGGACGUUGCCGCUCGCUGCAAGGAGCUCGGCAUCAACGCUCUGCACAUCAAGAUCCGUGCCACUGGUGGUAACGGCACCAAGACCCCCGGUCCCGGUGCCCAGUCCGCUCUCCGUGCCCUGGCCCGUGCCGGCAUGAGAAUCGGCCGUAUCGAGGACGUGACCCCCACCCCCUCCGACUCUACCCGUCGCAAGGGUGGUCGCCGUGGUCGCCGUCUGUAGAUAUGUGCGAACGUGCUCUCUCUCCAAGUAUACGCACCCUUAUGGGGGCUUGCGUGGCUGGUAUGGAGGCUGUCCGUAUGGUCCUCAGCCUGCGGAUGUGGAUGGAAUAAACGCGGAGAACGGCCUUUAUCGCCUGGUCUUCAAUUUUUUCCUUGCCCAAGAAAAAAAGAUUUUACGCUCAGUGUUGGGGGUUGGUAGUGCAGUUAGUGUAACUACGCUGGUCAAUAUAUACCCAUGCUGGGGAUUUUUUUUCUAUCAA